CCUCCAUCAUACAGUACAUUGCGCACACAACUACACACGUAUACGUACACAUACAUACACACUACUACACUACACACACUAGCUAAGCAAGCUAGGACAAUUACCUUCGGUUGCAAGCCAAAAGCAAGCAUCCAUCCAUCCAGAGCCAGCAGCCUCAUCUCCAUUUCUCCUCCUCUCCUCCCCUUCCUCCGGCCUCUCUCUCACCAAGAACCUUCAUAGUACCCACCCCCCACCCUUCACAUCCACCCUUCUUCCUCCUCCCCAUCCUCUUCUUGCUCGAUCUCAUGCCUGGAUCCUGCAAGAAACCCAAGCUCUAGCAGGCAGAUCGAGCUGUUCCCCCCUUCGUAGCUACUUCCACAGGUUCCUGCUUUGCCAAUCGGCCAAGAAUUCUAAAUUCCAAUCUCCCAAGCUAGCCAAAUAUUAUAAGCCCACCCAAAUCCUAUACUUAUAAACAACAGUAACAGCACAGCACUGGGAGUGGGAGAAGUGGAGCACCAGCUAGCUGGCUGCCGGUCAAAGGUCAAGGAGAAGGAGCAAGCAGGCAAGGGGAGGGAAGGGAGGAAGGAGGCAUCUACCUAACCUACCUCUCUUCAAUCGGUGCACAUGGAGUUCACCGCAAUCCGGGCCUCCGCGGCGGCCGCUGGUGGCUGCUCUUCGCCGCCGCCUGCGGCGGAUCAUAAGGCCGAGGAGGAGGCGGCGGGGCCGGUGGAGAAGGAGCACAUGUUCGACAAGGUCGUGACCCCGAGCGACGUGGGCAAGCUGAACCGGCUGGUGAUCCCGAAGCAGCACGCGGAGAAGUACUUCCCGCUCGACGCCUCCUCCACCGACAAGGGCCUCCUGCUCAGCUUCGAGGACCGCGCCGGCAAGCCGUGGCGCUUCCGCUACUCCUACUGGAACAGCAGCCAGAGCUACGUCAUGACCAAGGGCUGGAGCCGCUUCGUCAAGGAGAAGCGCCUCGACGCCGGGGACACCGUCUCCUUC